CGAGAGCUUCCUUGCCCAUAAGCUGCUCCAGCAGCUUUCUCUGUUCGGCGGCACUCAUGGCUGCAGCCUGUCUGUGCCGCGCCAGCACCAGCUCGUCUCUCGUUCGAUCUCCGUCGCCUCUGCCCUCUAUCAUCACAGACAACGCCUCCCAAGAUGCUUAUCAAGGUCAAGACCCUUACCGGAAAGGAGAUCGAAAUCGAUAUCGAGCCGUCAGACACCAUUGGCCGUAUCAAGGAGAGAGUUGAAGAGAAGGAAGGCAUUCCUCCUGCUCAGCAGAGAUUGAUCUUUGGUGGAAAGCAAAUGGCCGAUGACCGAAGCGUCGUAAGCUACAACGUUGAGGCUGGCUCUGUCCUGCAUCUCGUUCUGGCCCUGCGUGGUGGAUGCUAGACCGCCGCCCUCUCCGAACCGAUCCCGGCUGCCCAGGCCGUGUGUGUUGACCAGUCCGAGCAUUGUCCUCGGGCCCUGACCCUGGCCUUGAAAUAAAAGCCCAGAUCACUCCAGCCUUUGUGAGCAAAUACAUAGAUCGGUCCUUGACUUCUUGCUCCCUUGCCGGUGUUCCGAUCGGUAGCGUCCAUUCUACUUUGCCUUCUUCUUCUUUGUCUUGCUGAGAUACGACGCAAAGACAUCCACUACCUGGGCCCUUGGCUUGGACGAGCCUUUUGGCGUUGCCGAUGCUGAUGCUACGGCCGCCGCUCGGCUUUCGCCAUCGUUGAGGGCU